GACGACUGUGAGCCGGAGGUGGGGAAGGCGUUAGGGAGGAUGGCGGGCGGGUGGCAGGUGGCGGCGCUGGUGGUGGCGGCGGUAGCGGCCUCCACCAGGGCGGUGAUCGUUGACCUCUCCUACACCUACAACGUGGACGCCCCCAACUCCCCCAGAGUCACCCCCUUCUCCCACAAGAUCGUCAAGAAGGGGCCCAAUAAGAUUAAUAUUUGGCAGGAGGUGAACGACUUCUGCGCCUCUGAGCACUCCGGCACACACCUCGACGCCCCCAUCAACUUUGCUCAGCACGGCUGGUCCACUGAGGCCAUCCCUCUCUCUAGGCUCUGGAGAGUACCAGCUGUGGUGGUGGACGUGUCGGGGCCCAUCAAGAACGCGCAAGACAAGAACUACGAGGUGAAGGUGCGGGACCUGGAGCAGUGGGAGAGUGACCACGGCACCAUCCCUGACGGCGCCCUCGUCCUCUUCCGGACUGGCUGGGCCAAGAAGGUCAAGAACAUCAGGGACUUCGCCGGCCUCGAUCAGCACAACACGUUAAACUUUCCGGGAAUUGGUAAGGGCGCGGCGGAGUGGCUGGCGAGGCACGCGAGCAGACACAGCUACCAGAAGGGUGUGGUCGGUGUGGGCAUCGAUACACUCUCCCUUGACAAGGGUCAGACUGUGAGGUUCCCGGCCCAUGUGGCACUCUACCAGCACAACAUCUACGGCCUCGAGAACCUGGCCAACCUAGACAAGCUACCGGCGACUGGUUCCUAUGUGACCGUGAUGCCGCUCAAGAUCGGUGGAGGCAGCGGGUCCCCAGCCAGAGUCAUCGGCGAGGUGGAUGAAGCACCCCCGGGCGCCUCCCCAGCAGGUACUCUCCUGCACUCCGCCUACAUCCUGCCGUGUCUGCUGAUCAUCACGCUCCUGGCACACUGGCCCCUCAACGCCUAGGAUACUUACCCUCACCGGCGAUGGACCACUGCACUCGACCAUGUUGGCCGGCACUUGCAAUAAUAUGAUGAAUAUAUGAAUAUGCAAUAAUCUGGUGAAUAUGCUUGUAAUAGGGAUCUAGUCACGGUUAUCUGACUUAGUGAUAUUAUAUUCAAGUUUGGCAGACAUAAGCUGAGAUGUGAUAAUUUGACAAUGGUCCAAUUCUUAUAUAUCUCAGGUCUCAGCGUGGUCUGUACCGCCCCAUGUGUGACUGUUGAUGUUUAUCUUUUUCAAAGCUUUACUGAAUAAUUCAGACCAUAUCAUUGUAGCAGCCUAUUCUUUAAUAAUGACAUUACUUAUAGCAACCAUUUGGUCUAACUAACAAAAAUGGACUGAUCGAUCCCCAAAAAAUUCUCUUCCGUAUUAUAAAGUUACCCUAAAUAGCUUAUUAAGAUAAUGGAAAAGUUACCAAAAAACCUAACCUAACCUGCCCAAGUAAUCCUAGGCCUAAUAUACGCUCUCUUAAGUCUAAUAUAGUACACAUAAUCUAUAAUUUUCUAGGAAUGUUUAAGUUCUGUUUUGCAGCUGUUUGUUUUUCAUGCCCUGUACAAAAAUAAUUGUAAAAGAUGCAAAGAUUGUUGGCUACGACAGUCCCUUUGUGCACACUCGAUCAUAUUAUUAUGUCAGUGCUCUCUUGGGGGGACGGACUCUCGUGAUAACAUAUAACAUUACUUUAAUUAGAUUUUCGGUAUCAUGCUCCCAAAACCUAAAUUGUGAAUCUGUUUUAACACGAAAAAUAAAGUCGCAGAAAUUGUCAUACACUCA